AUGGUGGUGCCGCUCGACCUCGCCAUCACGCCGAUGCGGGUGCUGCAGGACCCACUCGUCGGCCUGCGGUGCCGCGCGCUUUUCGAGGAGGGAGGCGUCGACGACCGCCUCCUCGUCAUGCUCUUCCUCAUGGCCGAGCACCGACGCCCUGGCUCACUCUGGAAGCCAUAUUUGGAUAUGCUUCCGACCACCUUCGGGAGCUCCCUUUGGUUUACUGAGGAAGAGCUUGCCGAACUGGAAGGGACGACUCUGCACCGGGCUACGGUGAUCCAGAGGAAGUCAUUGCAAUCCUCAUUUGAUGAGAAGGUUAAAGGACUCGUUGAGGAGCUUUUACAUGUCGAUGAAUCAGCAAGCUCAAUUGAAGUGUUGUUUGAGGACUUCCUUUGGGCAAACUCAAUCUUCUGGACUCGAGCACUGAACAUACCACUGCCUCAUUCUUAUGAAAUUGACAUUACAGCUAAGGAUCAUAGUGCUGAUGAGAAUUCUAAAUCAAGUAACACAGAGUCAAUUUGGGUUGAGGGCCUUGUCCCAGGAAUUGAUUUCUGCAAUCAUAAUGUAAAGGCACUGGCAACAUGGGAAGUUGAUUCUGUGGGAAAUGUUACUGGAAUUCCUGCUUCAAUGUACCUCUUGCUUGCUGAUAAAAGUUCUGCUGAGGCUGGAGCAGAGAUCUGCAUAAACUAUGGCAACAAAGGAAAUGAGGAACUACUGUACCUCUAUGGAUUUGUGGUUGACAACAAUCCUGAUGAUUAUCUCAUGGUUCAUUAUCCUUUGGAAGCGCUUAGACAGAUCCAGUCUGCUGAUACAAAAAUACAGCUACUAGAGAUGCAGAAGGGCGAAUUGAGAUGUCUCCUACCCAGAAGAUUGCUUGAUAAUGGAUUUUUUGGUAUCUGUUCCAGUGAAGAUAAGGAUAGCAAGAAAAAUACUAGUCCAUUUUCAAGUUUUAGUUGGAGUGGUCAACGCAAAGUUCCAUCAUAUCUUCACAAAAAUGUUUUCCCUCAGGAAUUUAUGAGUACUCUACGGACGAUUGCCAUGCAAGAACAUGAGCUUGAACAAGUUGCUUCUUUACUUGGAGAGGUUGGAUCUAGUGAAGAUAGAGAAAUAUCUGAUGCAGAGAUCCAAAGUGCUAUUUGGGAGGUCUGCGGUGAUCAGGGUGCACUGGGUUUGCUUGUGGAUCUUCUUGGGGUCAAAAUGGCUGAACUUGAAGAGGGCUCUGGAACAGAAGCAUCUGACACUGAACUGCUUGAGCAGGUUGAUUCCAUUCAGUCAGAAGACUACGCGAGUGAAAGUGAUGAGAAGCACAAAAAGAAGUCAAAAAUAAAUUACCGUUCAUGUAUAGUGUACCGAAGAGGGCAAAAGCAGCUGGCAAGGUUGUUCCUGAGGGAGGCAGAGUAUCUUCUGGAGCUUUCUGCAAAAGAACAGACCUAA